AUGGCUCAGGACUCACAGACCACAGUCAAUCACGGCCCGUCCCUGGAAAGGGGCCUCUGGGCCGCUGUGAUCAUCGCCGCCGUGAUCGUCAUUCUGCGUGUCUUUGCCAAAAUCAAGAUCGGUCAGUUCCGCGCCGACGAUAUCUUGAUGAUCAUCGCCAUCCUCCUGUCCAUCGUUUCGACCGUCUUUCUCAGUCUCUGCGUGAAGAAUGGCUUCGGGAAAAAUCUGAAUGUGGUCAAAGAGACCGAUCCGCACGGCGUCAUGCUGGUCCUGAAGUACCUCACCGUCCAGGUGUCGGCCAUCACCUUCAGCACCACCAUCGCCCGCUGUUCCUUCAUCCUGUAUCUGCUGGCCAUUCUCGGUAACAACCGAAAAUACCAGAUUGCCCUGUGGGUCGCCAUGCUGCUGCAGCUCGCGGGCAACAUUGUCUCGGCCCUGCUUCCCCUGACCAUCUGUCGCGAUGUGCGGAUCCUCUGGGAUGAAACCGUCCAGACCACGUGUGGCAAUGGCGUGGCCGUCGUUCGGUUCGCCUACUACUCCAACAGUGCCAACUCGGCGUGCGAUCUGUUCCUGGCCGUGUUUCCCACCAUCAUCUUCUGGAAUCUCAACUUGAAAUUGAGCGUCAAGAUCGGCUUGAUCACCCUCCUCAGUCUGGGCAUCGUGGCCAUGGUCGCCUCCAUUAUCAAAACGACCAAACUGGACGAUGUCCCCAGCGUGACCAAGGUAAGCGCCGAUGGCUCGGUCGAACUGAUCCGCUGGGGCUACGUCGAGAACGCCAUCAUCAUCAUCACCUCGUCCGUCCCCUGCAUCCGUCCGUUGAUCAUGUCCUCCGUGCGCAAGUUCUCCAGCCGGGGCUACUCGCGCUCCUACGAGCUCACCGGGCCCAUGAGUGCCCAGCGCCGUACCGAUGGCGGCAACGACACCGCCCUUUCCCGGCGGGGACGCCGCUGCAACAAGGGCGACGACGACGACAGCAUUGAGCGGAUUCUCGAUCCCCAUAACCGUCACCAUACGCAAACCAACACCACGGUCAGUGGCCGCCGGGACUCGCCGACGAACCUGGAGCAGGGAAUCACCAAACAGGUGGAGAUUUCGGUGAUCUCGACGGAUCAGCUGGAUCGACAUAUUCCUUGA